CGAUGACUUCAUAAAAUUCUAAUUCUACAUCAUCGACUCUCUUCCAUACAGACAGCAAUACACUACGACUUCAUAAAAUUCUAAUUCUACAUCAUCGACUCCCUUCCAUACAGACAGCAAUACACAACGACUUCAUAAAAUUCUAAUUCUACAUCAUCGACUCUCUUCCAUACAGACAGCAAUACACAACGACUUCAUAAAAUUCUAAUUCUACAUCAUCGACUCCCUUCCAUACAGACAGCAAUACACAACGACUUCAUAAAAUUCUAAUUCUAAAUACUUAAAAGACAAACUGCCUGCGUGUUAACACGGACUUCAGGGUGAAACUUUUCCUCGAGCAUCCUCCGGUUUGCUUGUUGUCCAGAAAAGCUGAAAAGUCUCGCGCAGCCCAGCCAGGACACCAAACUGUCGUGGAAAUUAGACAACACUCGCAGACUCGUCCUCUGAAGGAAGCCACUCCUCAUUUCAGAGAAAACGAAGCUCAAAGUUCAGUGCAAUCUCUCUCUCUGCGUUUGAGUUCAGGAAAAUGGCCGAGGCCAGUAUUUCAGUAGAUCAGGAUCGGUUCAGCUGUCCAGUUUGUCUGGAUCUGCUGAAGGAUUCGGUGACGAUCCCCUGUGGUCACAAUUUCUGUAAGGUGUGUAUUAAUGACUACUGGGAUCAGGAAGAUGAGAGCAGAGUGUAUCACUGUCCUCAGUGCAGAGACACUUUCACUCCGAGGCCUGUUCUACGCAGAAACAUCAUGCUGGCUGAAGUGGUGGAGAAACUGAAGAAGACUGAAGUCCAAGCUGCUUCUCCUGCUCACUGUUACGCUGGACCUGGAGAUGUGGAGUGUGAUUUCUGCACCGGGAGAAAACGCAAAGCCGUCAAGUCCUGUCUGAUGUGUCUGGCCUCCUCUUGUGAAACUCAUUUAAAACCUCAUCUUGAAGGUCCUGCUUUGAAAAAGCACAAGUUGGCCGAAGUUUCUGGAAAUCUACAAGAGAAGAUCUGCUCUGAGCAUGAUAAAGUGCUGGAGAUCUACUGUCGUACUGACCAAAGCUUCAUCUGUUAUCUGUGUAUGACGGAUGAACACAAAAGCCACGACACCGUCUCAGUUAAAGCGUGCAGAACUGAAAAACAGAGUGAGUUAAAGGAGGAGCAGAUGAAAUCCCAGCAGAGAAUCCAGGAGAAGCAGAAGAAGGUGCAGGAGCUGAAACAGGCUGUGAACACUAUAAAGCUCAGUGCACAGACAGCAGUGGAGGACAGUGAGACGAUCUUUACUGAGAUGAUCGGCUCCGUGGAGAAAAGGCGCUCGGAGGUGACGGAGCUGAUCAGAGCUCAGGAGAAGGCUGAACUGAGUCGAGCUGAACGACUCCUGGAGCAACUGGAGCAGGAGAUUGCUGAUCUUCAGAGGAGAGUUACUGAGCUGGAGGAGCUUUCACACACAGAUGAUCACCUCCACUUCCUCCAGAGUUUCCAGCCUCUCCGUGUCUCUUCUGGACAUGAGGAUUCAUGCAGCAUCACUGUCAAUCAACAUCUCUCAUUUGAUGGAGUGAGGGAAUCUCUCUCUGCUCUGAAAAAGAGACUCGAGGAAUUCUGCCAGGAGGAAUUCAUCAGAAUCCCUGAACACGCUGCAGCAGUUCAGAUCAUUUUACCCUCAGAACCAAAGAGCAGACAAGAUUUUCUGCAGUAUUUCUGUGAUCUGACUCUGGAUCCCAACACAGUAAAUUAUAACCUCAUUCUGUCUGAGAGGAACAGAGCGGUGACGUACACUGAGAGAAAGCAGCAGUACUCUGAUCAUCCAGAGAGAUUUGACACCUACAAGCAGGUGUUGAGUAAGGAGAAUGUGUGUGGACGCUGUUACUGGGAGGCGGAGUGGAACGGUGAUGUGUGGGUGUACAUAUCAGUCUCGUAUAAAGACAUCAGCAGGAAAGGACGGGGUAAUGAGCGUUGGUUUGGACACAACAAUCAGUCCUGGAGUCUGUGUUGUUCUACUUCUUCUCUCUUUUUCUGUCACAACAACAUUAAGACUCGUCUCACAGGUCCACCAUCCUUCAGAAUAGGAGUGUAUGUGGAUCACAGUGCAGGAACUCUGUCCUUCUACAGCGUCUCUGACACGAUGAAUCUCCUCCACAGAGUCCACACCACAUUCACUCAGCCCUUAUACGCUGGGUUCUGGGUGCCGUAUUAUGGAUCAACUCUGAGAUUAUGCAAUCCAAAAUAAAAUAUUAGUAAUGUCAUUUGCAUUUAAAAUAUUCAAUAUAUCAUAAUUUACUUUCAAAUCAAACUUACUCAGAGAUAUGAGUAACUUAUUUUAAAUUUCUUCUUUUUUUAUUAGUACCAUUAGUUCUUCUUUCCUCUGUCUUUUAAGAGAUUUUAAUUAUAUAAAUGAAAGUAUUAUUGCUUGUGAAAACCUGUAUAAUAAAUCACUGCUAUAAUCGC